CACAAAGCCGAUCAAUCCCGGCGGCAGGGGGCGGGGGAUGGGGGAGCCCCGCCAGGACUUCCCUUCUGCCCCUCAUUAGGACGCCGCCGACACCUCGUCCGGCUCGCACGUCCCGCCCCGCUCCCCCUCUUGCUCCCCGCCUGCACCCUCAGCCAGAGCCCCCAGCCCUGGGCCAGGGAGGACCCGCCCGCGGAGAAGCGCCCCGGGCAGGGGAGACUGAGCUCCCAUCAGGGGCCACCCCUCUUCUCCCCUCCCCUCGCCCGCACGGAUCUCUCCUCCCCUCCCGCCCCAGAAGUUCAGGGGCCCCGGCCUGGCCUCCUGCGCGCGCGUAGCCGGGACCCUCGGCCUCGGACGCGCUGCCCGCGGGCGCCCGGGAAGAUGGCGAGGAGCGGCCACCGCCUGCUGCUGCUGCUGCUGCGCUACCUGGUGGUGGUCCUGGGAUAUCAUAAGGCCUAUGGAGUCUCUGCCCCAAAAGACCAUCAAGUAGUCACAGCAAUAGAGUAUCAAGAGGUUAUUUUAGCCUGUAAAUACCCAAAGAAGACCACUUCCUCCAGAUUGGAGUGGAAGAAGCUGGGACGGAGUGUCUCCUUUGUCUACUACCAACAGGCCCUUCAAGGUGAUUUUAAAGAUCGGGCGGAGAUGAUAGAUUUCAGUAUCCGGAUCAAAAAUGUUACCAGAAAUGAUGCAGGAAAGUACCGUUGUGAAGUUAGCGCUCCAUCCGAGCAAGGUCAAAAUCUGGAAGAGGACACAGUCACACUGGAAGUUUUAGUGGCUCCAGCUGUUCCGUCAUGUGAAGUACCAAAUUCUGCUCUGAGUGGAACAGUGGUGGAACUACGAUGUCACGACAAAGAAGGGAACCCAGCUCCUGAAUACACCUGGUUUAAGAAUGGCGUCCGUUUGCUGGCAAAUUCAAAACUCAGCACCCAAAGCCCCAACAGCUCAUACACAAUGAAUACAAAAUCUGGAACUCUGCAAUUUAACACUGUUUCAAAACUGGACAGUGGAGAAUAUUCCUGUGAAGCCCGUAAUUCCAUAGGACAUCGAAGGUGUCCUGGAAAACGAAUGCAAGUAGAUGAUCUGAACCUGAGCGGCAUCAUCGCGGCCGUAGUUGUUGUGGCUUUAGUGAUUUCCGUCUGUGGCCUUGGUGUGUGCUAUGCUCAGAGGAAAGGCUACUUUUCAAUAGAAAAUGUCGAAGAUGAUAUGCAGGUGAGUCUUGAUGGACCUUGGCUAACAUAGGGAGGAAAGGCAGAGCUGCUGCAUGGAACAUUCCAGAAACUCCACAGAAUAUGUGAAAAGCGCCCUGAGGUGGCUUAGUGAAGCCACUCUGACAGCUAUUCAACAGAGGAUGGAUGUUUAUAGUAUAUUUUAAUGUAUUUAGGAUCCUCUCAAGUUAGGAGUUGUAUGUCUCAAGAUGUAAAUUAGUUUCUAGUUUUCUGAUAAGAAAUUUCAUUGAAAGAAAUUUGUGAAAUGUUUUAUCAGCUUAAAACUUGGAAUGUCGAAUGUUCAAUUGAACACACUUGUCUUUAGAACUGUUCAUUACAAACUAGAAACUCUGUUAGAGAUGCUUCUGAACAAGGUUUUUAGUAAUUUAAAUUUAGAACUCUUAUAUCUCCAGAUCUCUAUUUGGCAAUGUAGUAAGUUUGAUUAAAUGGGUAAAAUUAAAGCAUAAUCUGUUUUAGUCUCCUAAUAUAUUUCUUUACAACCAGUCUUCACAUUUACGUAAGAGUUCAGAAGCUACAGAACUGCAUCAAGGCCACUGAGAAUAGUGUAUUAAUGGAAUUUUUUUAAUGGAAUAAUAAAUACAUUUACAGCAUGGGCAAAAUUUAGACAUACUGUUUUAGAAUUUAGAUUUUUUUAAUAUUUUAUAUUAAAAUAGAACUUAAAUGUAAAAAGGGUUUAUAAUGCAUAUAGAUAAAUAUUGUUAUAAAAUGUUGCCAUGAACAUGAUUUCAAAGAUAGCCCUAUAAUUCAGAAUAACUACACUGUAAAUUAAUAAAACUAGUUGUUCUUUUAUAUGUUGCGCCAAUUUGGUCCUGUGUAAUGUACUUUUAUGAAUGGAAUCUGGGUGAGUCCCUCUGCUGGUCACCAGUGAAAGUACACACAGAUUGUUCAUUUCAAAAUUCUUGUUACCUUUAUCUCUACUCGGAAAGAAUGUCUCAAUGAUUUUAUUUGAAGACUUGGUAGUCACAUUUUCCUUAAAAUAUUUGACUUGGGUAAUAGUAGUUCAUUAGCUAAAUAUGUUGCUUCUAUUUCUUGUGGCAGAAAAAAAUCUAUCCAAGAGAACCAUUUUUUUGCAGUUAAAUUUCAGACAGGAGUUGGCAAGCCUGUGACUCAAACCCAGCCUGCCACCUAUUUUUCUUGGGCCUGCAGGUUAAGAAUGGUUUUUAUAAAUGAACGUUUAUAAUCUAUUCACUAAUAGGAAACACUAAUUUUAAAUGCCAAUUAAAAGAAAGGUAUCCCCUCCAAAAAAAGUAUUCCAUCUUUUAAUUAGUAACUUGUAUUAUAAGAUUUGAUUAUUAUUAUUGUGUUUUGAUUUUAAUUGAUAAAAAUUUGGGGAACAUGUUUUCUCUUUUAUUGUAUAAGUGCCUGUGUAAUAUCAAUUUAUCCUCUUAAACCACAAAGCCAAAAAUAUUUGCCAUGUGAACCUUUUCAGAAAAGUUUGCCAAUCCUUGAUUUAGAAGGUGUAAAUGUCACCAAGUGAGAAUCAAAAUUGAGAACAAGAAAUCUGGCCAAAACUCACUUUUAUAUGAAUCUGUAUAUACCAUAUUAACUCUUGCAUUAAUGAUAUAUACUUAUU